CAAUUUUCUGUGUAUAGAAUCACAGCAGUUUACCAAUCUUCCUGCAGGAAGAGAUAAAUUCCUGUAUCAUUUCAUCUUUGUUUCCAGUGUGAAAGGCCUCUUGAAUUUCAUUUCUGAGAACAAAAGCAACAUUUCCAAAUAUACAAUAGUCAUGUCACUCGCAGUACCAAGCAUGCCAUUUAACUUGGGUUCUCUGGUUUCCAGUAAUGCGUGGAUGUUUAAGGUUAUUUUCACUAACCCAAAUAUGCUACUGAUAAUUCUGAUAAUUGUGUUUGCCCUGGUCAAAUAUUGGCAUGCAUCCCAAAGGAAUACAAGUGCUAGUUCAAGCAAGCUAGUCCCAGAUUGCCAGUUGACAAAAAAAGAAUACGAAGACAUUAUUAACAGCUUCCUUCAAGAGAUCUCCUUCAAAAUUCCAGUUCUGAGCUGCAAUCUUGAGUUGAAGAGGCAGGUUAGGAACCGUUUAAAAUCUCAAGGUGUCUCUGCGGCAGUCAUUGAACAGAUCCAGGUCAGCAUUGAGACGGGUGUCAAAAUAACAAGUUGUACAUAUUCAUUCGCCUCCCCUCCUAUUCAAGAGGCUAUCGCUACAUACGCCUCAUAUGUUAUCAGCAUCGACGACCUUACCAGUGGGCUGUCGAAAGACCUACAGAUAUACACAACCAAGUUGACACUCGGCCAACCACAUCAGCACACUUUACUUCGUGGUCUUACAAGUCACCUAAGCGAGCAACAUAAUUUCUUUGGGUCCUUUGGUGGUGACAUGAUUAUCAAAGGGACUUUGGAAUUUAUCUCAUCAGCGAAUAUUGAGAAAUAUCAGACUGAGAGUCUCCGCUUGACAAGAGAUGCCUCCGAUUACCUCUUUUUUUUUCGAGCCAAAACCGGUGUUGCUGAGCCGUUUGCUUUCUUUUGUUUUCCCGAAGAUACACAUCCAGAGGCAACAGACUUGGAGAAAUACAUCUCCGCGGUGCCGAGUAUUAUGUUAUUCUUGGGACAUGUCAACGACAUUCUCUCGUUUUACAAAGAGGAGAUAAAAAAUGGGGACUCUCCAAGCUUUCUGCAUAGCCAUUCCAAGCUUCAUAAUAUCACCUCACUUCAGUCGUUACGCCAGAUUAAGACGGAAACCGUGGAAGUGAUACAGAAACUUCGAAACAUUUUUGCUGAAGACGAGCUUCUACUGGAACAUAUUGAAAAAUUCAUUCAAGGUUAUGUCUUGUAUCACUUAUCAUGUACCCGUUACAAGUUGUCCGAACUAAAUAUUCCUGAGGCUAUUGAGGCAACCAGACGCGACUAUUGAAUAUAAGGCUAUUUGAGGGCAUUUGAGUUGCAUGCAUUGGAUAGCAUGUUCAUGUCAAUUGGCCUGUUUUAUUUGGAGGGAAUAUUUAGUGAAUGAAGAAUGUCUUGAAUUUAAUGCUCAGAUAUUAGAAAUGAACGGCCC